UACUGCCACGGACUGCCCACAAAUCUUUUCAUACUUUCGUGGACAGCCCCUACUUUCACGGACACCACAUCAACCUUUCGCUUCUCCCGUGGACUCCGUCCCUACUUUCAUGGACAUCCGCCUUACUUCCAUGGACAAGGUCGAAAUAGCAGGAAAUAGGCGAAAACUCAACUUAUUUCCAUCAAUCGUGACCAUUUCCCGGGAAAAUUACUGCCACGGACUGCCCACAAAUCUUUUCAUACUUUCGUGGACAGCCCCUACUUUCACGGACACCACAUCAACCUUUCGCUUCUCCCGUGGACUCCGUCCCUACUUUCAUGGACAUCCGCCUUACUUCCAUGGACAAGGUCGAAAUAGCAGGAAAUAGGCGAAAACUCAACUGUACAAAAAAUGACGGGCG